GGGCGAUGCUCAGUGUCUCCCAGACCGUCACGGGGGAUAGUUACUGCAUCUCUGCCUCUCCCUACCACACAGAAAAAAUCAAAUUUCUCCAUUGGUCACACCCGGAGGGUGGUGGCAGUGCCCCAGCCAGUGCCACCUCCUGCAGGAGCUUCUGAUGGUGCCCGAGGCACCUCCUGCAGAGGUGGUGUCAGGAUGACAGGAGCUGAGGGACUGGUGUGGAAGUGGAUAGGUGCCGGAACCUCACCUGUGGACUGGUGUGAGGGUAACUACACCGUAACUCCCCACAUAGCCGAGUUCGUUAACACUAUCACCAACAUAGUGUUCCUGGUUGUUCCUGCCGCCUCUACGAAGCUCUGGUUGAGUUACGCCAGACACGUCUCCCGGGGGAUACAUAUUAUCUGGUUCUUCUAUGUGGUCAUAGGCCUAUCUUCGGCCUAUUUCCACGCUACCUUAUCGCUUUUAGGCCAGCUACUGGAUGAGUUGUCAAUAUUGUGGGUGUUGAUGGUGUCUUAUACACUAUUCACGCCUGUUAUGUACCGUCCUAAGUUCCUGCGUAGUAAUCAACGGUUAUACGCGGCUUGUAUGGUAGCAUUAUCCGUGCUGAUCACUGCCUCGGCGUUCGUGCAGCCUGCUAUCAACGCCUACGCUUUGUUUAUUGUAGGCCUACCCGCUGUGGCUAUGCUGGUAGUGGAAAUGCGGGUCAUGAAAGAUACCAGCGUCGUCCGUUUAUCUAAAAUUACCCUAGCGGCACUAAUCCUAGCUGCUACGUGCUGGGUCUGCGACCGUUUCCUGUGUGCUAUGUGGCAGGCCCUAGACCUGACCGUCCUGCACGGCCUGUGGCAUGUGUUAAUCUUUAUCACGGCCUACAGUAUGCAGGUUCUAUUCUGCUAUCUCCACGCUGUACAGGAUGUACCCGAGUCUCGUCCUGAGCUGCGAUACUGGCCAAGGCGCACCUGGGCCCUUCCCUAUGUGUUCUGUCCGGCACCUACCCACCAGAAGACGCCCUGACCUGCACCUGACGUCUCGUCUACACCUAACGCUUCACCUACCCAGCGACGAUCUGUCCCCAGUUUUAUUACUUAAUUACCCAGAUUAGCGGACGGAGUAUUAAGCCUUCACCUCUCGUUCUUCAUAAAUAAUAAUAAUAAUAAUAAUAAUAAUAAUAAUAAUAAUAAUAAUAAUAAUAAUAAUAAUAAUAAUAAUAAUUAAUAAUAAUAAUUAUAAUAAUCAUAAUAUGGUGCUAUACAAUACAAACCUUCAAUACACUGCUAAGAGGCUUUUCUUCCAAGGGGCUGGAUGAUCAUGCGGAUUUAGCGAUUUAUGGAAGUGAACGGAGGGAGAAAAUCCAGUUAAUCCGGAUUUAUAAUCCAAAACGUGUGACUGAUCCAGAUUUAUAGUAUGUGAAGAUUACAGUGAGAGGUGUAUAUCUCAGUGUAUAUACACUGAGUGGUGUAUAUCUCAGUGUAUAUACACUGAGUGAUGUAUAUCUCAGUGUAUAUACACUGAGUGGUGUAUAUCUCAGUGUAUAUACACUGAG